AUGAAGACCGCUACCGUCGUCACUGUCUUCGGACUCGUUGCCGCCACCAUGGCUAGCCCUCUCAAACGAGAUGUCGAGUGGACUGAAAAAUACGUCAAGCCAGCAGUCGAGGCUCGUGAUGACGUUGUAUGGACUGAGAAGUACGUCAAGCCAGCAGUCGAGGCUCGUGAUGAUGUCGUCUGGACCGAAAAAUACGUCAAGCCAGCAGUCGAGGCUCGUGAUGAUGUCGUCUGGACCGAAAAAUACGUCAAGCCAGCAGUCGAGGCUCGUGAUGAUGUCGUCUGGACCGAAAAAUACGUCAAGCCAGCAGUCGAGGCUCGUGAUGACGUUGUAUGGACUGAGAAGUACGUCAAGCCAGCAGUCGAGGCUCGUGAUGAUGUCGUCUGGACCGAAAAAUACGUCAAGCCAGCAGUCGAGGCUCGUGAUGAUGUUGUAUGGACUGAGAAGUAUGUCAAGCCAGCAGUCGCGGCUCGUGAUGUCGAGUGGACUGAGAAGUACGUCAAGCCAGAGGCUCGUGACGUUGAAUGGACUGAGAAGUAUGUCAAGCCAGCAGUCGAGGCCCGUGAUGUCGAAUGGACUGAGAAGUACGUCAAGCCAGCAGUCGAGGCUCGUGAUGUCGAAUGGACUGAGAAGUACGUCAAGCCAGCAGUCGAGGCUCGUGACGUCGAAUGGACUGAGAAGUACGUCAAGCCAGCAGUCGAGGCUCGUGACGUUGAAUGGACUGAGAAGUAUGUCAAGCCAGCAGUCGAGGCCCGUGAUGUCGAAUGGACUGAGAAGUACGUCAAGCCAGAGGCUCGUGACGUUGAAUGGACUGAGAAGUACGUUGCUUCUGAGUAA